AUGUAUCGCCAAGGACGAGCAGGAAGAUGGAAAGGAACAGGGCAAGGGAGAGGAAAAGGUAUCAGGGCAGGUACAGAAGCGGCGUCUCCAGCUCCGCCCCUGGGGGAUAUUCUCGCAAAGAUCCAGCUUGAUGACCUCAAGGAGCCUAUCGAUCAAACGGAUGGCCUACCUAUCAUCACCAAGUGUGAGCCACCGGCUUGGACACCUCCCUCAAAGCUUCCCAGGCUUCAAGAAGACUCCGGUCAAUACUAUCGUGACCUGAAUGCCGCGCGAUCUCCCGUCUACCCGCUGGAGCCGAUGAUUCAAGCUGUAUUGUCGGACAACCCCGACUUUAACUUGGUCAGCUUGGACAUCGUUGGGUGCGGUAGUACGAUUGGCAACCUCCUUCGCUUCGUGCGUGAUCAACACAAAUCUUUCAGAAUGCUCGUCGAGGUGGUUGGUAACACUGUCUUCUUGGUCCGGAGAGAGAACUCACCGACUGAGAUGCUCACCGGUGUGUACGGAUAUGGACAUUCUUUUCCAGAGGCAAACACCACGUGGAGCAAGGAGGUCAAGGGGUCUAUGUCCAAUCAACGGUUGAUACAGUACGAUUUUGCAGGCAUGAACUGUUUGGUUCGGUUCGAGGCAGAUGGCUAUUUGCCAGAUUUAGCCCCAAACCUCGCCGAAAAUGUCAUUUCGGAGCCAAGUGAAGAUGAUAUGGACAGUAUUUUGUAUUCCAUCGGAAAAUCUACCAUCUCGAGCAUCUCUGCUACCGCCACGGUUGAUGAUUUGAAGAAGCUCCGCAUCGAAAAAAAGGGUCGCCAUAUCCCGCAGGCUGCGGUCUAUGACUUGAAGACCCGCUCGAUCAAGAAGAAAGACAUUGUCGACACUCUUGGAGAGGAAAUGGGUCGAUUGUGGAUUGCACAGAUUCCCAACUUCAUUCUAGCGUACCACAAAUCUGGUAAUUUCGAAGAUGUUCAGGUCCAGGACGUGAGUGAGAAACUGAAGCAGUGGGAGGAAGAUCACCAGCCAGAGUUGGUCAAAUUUGUCAAUCUUUUGCGAACUAUAGUGUCUUUCGCUCGAAGCAGUGAAAGCGGUAGGUUUGAGAUCGAACGUGAAGAGGGUGGAAUGUGUUUAAAUUUGCGAGAACAAGGAGGGGCUGUCAAUAGGGUCUUGCCCUCGUCUCUUGCAAAGGAAUGGGAUGUUGAGGAUGAUUCUCAUGACACUGGUGAUGUUCAUUAUUCUUCAUAA